AUGGCCGACACAGCCGACAAGGCCACUAUGGCCGGCAAGAGAGGUCAUGCUCACGAUGAGAACCCGGUCAAGUCGACGACGCUGCCGCCGAUGGACGAGAAGGACGCCCUGGCCGCUGCUGCAGCUGGUGGCUGGGAGGUCGACGCGUUCAUCGAGGAGAUGGAGCGCGAGCUCGAGGCUGCCGGCGGGCUGGACACGGGAUACUUGCAAAUCCAGUUUAGCGACCCACGCUACUUUACCUGGGUCAUUGUUGCCUUUGCCUCCAUGGGCGGCCUGUUGUCGGGUCUGGACCAGUCGCUCAUCUCAGGCGCCAAUCUCAGUUUGCCAAAGGCUCUGCACCUCGACACCCACCAGAACAGCUUGGUCAACUCGGGCAUGCCGCUGGGAGCUGUUGGCGGUGCCCUGAUGCUGUCACCGUGCAACGAGUACCUCGGUCGCCGCUGGUCCAUCAUCAUCUCCUGCAUCCUGUACACCAUCGGAGCAGGCCUGGAAGCCGGCUCCAUCAACUAUGGCAUGAUUGUUGCUGGUCGUGUCAUCCUCGGUCUCGGUGUCGGCCUUGAGGGCGGCACCGUUCCUGUUUACGUGGCCGAAACGGUCGAGCGCCGUGUACGCGGUAACCUCGUGUCACUCUAUCAGUUCAACAUUGCUCUCGGCGAGGUGCUCGGCUACGCCAUCGCGGCCAUAUUCCUUCAUGUGCGCGGCAACUGGCGCUACAUCCUCGGCUCGUCUGUCGUCUUCUCCAUCAUCAUGUUCAUCGGCAUGCUCUUCCUGCCAGAAUCCCCGCGCUACCUCAUGCACAAAGGCCGCGUAUUGGAUGCCUACAAGGUGUGGAAGCGCAUCCGCGGCAUCGCCACGCCCGAAGCCCGCGAGGAGUUUUUCGUCAUGAAGGUCUCGGUCCUGCACGAGGCCCAGGUCGUGGCCGAGAGCGCGGUGAACAAGAACAUGCCGUGGCUCGACUUCUUCACCGUCCCACGUUGCCGCCGUGCGCUCAUCUACGCAAACAUCAUGAUCCUCCUCGGUCAGAUGACCGGUGUCAACGCCAUCAUGUACUACAUGUCCGUGCUGAUGAGCCAGAUCGGCUUCAACGAUGAGAAGUCAACAUACAUGUCGCUCGUCGGUGGCGGCUCCCUCCUCAUCGGUACUCUCCCUGCCAUCUUCUACAUGGAGCGCUUCGGCCGCCGCUUCUGGGCCAACGCCAUGCUGCCCAUCUUCUUCCUUGGCCUCGUCCUCAUCGGCAUCAGCUACCAGAUGUCCCUAACCACCAACCUGCCCGCCGCUGAGGGCCUCUAUCUGACCGGCCUCAUCAUCUACAUGCUCGGAUUCGGCUGCUAUUCGUGCCUGACCUGGGUUGUGCCCUCCGAGGUCUACCCGACCUACCUGCGCUCGUAUGGGAUGACCACGUCUGAUGGCCUGAUGUUCCUCUUCUCCUUUAUCGUCACCUACAACUUCUCCGCCAUGCAGACCGCUAUGACCCGCACCGGCCUCACCCUGGGCUUCUACGGCGGCAUCGCCGUUCUCGGCUGGUUCUACCAGCUGCUCUUCAUGCCCGAGACCAAGGACAAGACCCUCGAGGAGAUCGAUGUGCUCUUUCAGCAGCCCACUGGCGAGCUGGUCGCUGAGAACAUUCAGAACAUCAGCCGUUCGUUGGCUAACUUCUUUGGCGGCCGCUGGGGGAAGAAAGCCUCCUCUCCGGUGCCGCCUGUCUCGGCCCAUAAGAAGGAGGAGAUGGAAGACGAGCCAGAGCCGGAAAUUGUCUAG